UCAGUCAGUCAUCCAGCCAGUGGACCAGCAGGCUGUCAUCCUCAUGGGCGACUAGUCGGCUGUUUAUUUACCCCCAUGAAGCCGCUGUCGGGUUAGUUUCACGGAGCUGUUCCUGCCAUGGAGCCACAGGGGGCCAGGCUUCUCUUGAAUGGCUCAGACUAAAGCCCGUGUUUGACAGAUAGGUGGCUAGCUAUGUAGCUAGCUGGUCAUCAUUAACGGCGGUUGAUGCAGUGAAGCCCAGUCGGCGAAACAUACCCCAGGCGGAUUGGAAAUUCUGUCUAACAACUCAGUAGUUUUUUUUGUUACACCUACUGGCAGACAUUGUCGGCGAAAGGAACAACAACUCCAUCUGAAGAAAGGUGUGAUUUAAAAGGGAAAGAGACGAGGAAAAGCAGCGUUACAGUCUAGCUACAGCGGCAACGGAUGUCCUAGAGAACGAAUGCGUGAGGACAUGUCCACCAUGGUGUGUGUGAAGGAGGAGGAGGACCCUGGGGAGAAGCUGUCCCAGGAUGAGAUCAUCUCCCGGACCAAGCAGGUGAUCCAGGGGCUGGAGGCCCUGAAGCAGGAGCACCACUCCAUCCUGGAGGGCCUGCUGGGCACGCUGCGCUGCCUGAAGCAGGAUGAGGAGGGCGUCCUGGUGGAGGAGAAGUCCCACAUGAUCCGCAAGUCCCUGGAGAUGCUGGAACUCGGGCUGAGCGAGGCACAGGUGAUGAUGGCGCUGUCGAGCCAUCUGAGCUCGGUGGAGUCGGAGAAACAAAAGCUCCGAGCUCAGGUACGCCGGCUCUGCCAGGAGAACCAGUGGCUGAGGGACGAGCUGGCCGGGACGCAGCAGAAGCUGCAGAAGAGCGAGCAGAGUGUGGCCCAGCUGGAGGAGGAGAAGAAGCACCUGGAGUUCAUGAACCAGCUGAAGAAGUACGACGAGGACCUGUCUCCAUCUGAGGAGAAGGACUCUGACUCCAGUAAAGAGACUCUGGACGAUCUUUUCCCGGAUGACCAGGAUGACCAAGCCCCAGGCAUCCAGCCGGCUCAUGGCAGCGCUGCAGCAGCGGCUGCCCAGCAGGGAGGUUAUGAGAUCCCGGCUCGUCUGAGGACCCUCCACAACCUGGUGAUCCAGUAUGCCUCUCAGGGCAGGUAUGAGGUGGCUGUGCCUCUCUGCAAACAGGCCCUGGAGGACCUGGAGAAGACCUCUGGACACGACCACCCAGAUGUGGCCACCAUGCUCAACAUCCUAGCCCUCGUUUACAGGGAUCAGAACAAAUACAAGGAAGCAGCCAACCUGCUGAAUGAUGCUCUGGCCAUUAGGGAGAAGACUCUCGGCAGGGACCAUCCAGCUGUUGCUGCCACCCUCAAUAACCUGGCUGUCCUGUAUGGGAAGAGAGGGAAGUACAAGGAAGCAGAGCCCCUGUGCAAGAGAGCGCUGGAGAUCAGAGAAAAGGUGCUGGGGAAGGACCACCCAGAUGUGGCCAAGCAGCUGAACAACCUGGCCCUGCUGUGUCAGAACCAGGGCAAGUAUGAGGAGGUGGAGUACUACUACAUGAGAGCGCUGGAGAUCUACCAGACCAAACUGGGCCCCGACGACCCCAACGUGGCCAAGACCAAGAAUAACCUGGCGUCUUGUUACCUGAAGCAGAGCAAGUUCAAGCAGGCUGAGACUCUUUAUAAAGAAAUCCUCACUCGCGCUCACGAGAGGGAGUUCGGCUCCGUUGACGAUGAGAACAAACCAAUCUGGAUGCAUGCUGAGGAGAGAGAGGAACAAAGCAAGGGGAAGCAGAAGGACGGCUCACCAUUUGGAGAAUAUGGAGGCUGGUACAAAGCCUGUAAAGUCGACAGCCCCACGGUGACCACCACCCUGAAGAACCUGGGCGCCCUCUACAGGCGGCAGGGCAAGUUCGAGGCGGCAGAGACUCUGGAGGAAGCUGCCAUGCGUUCCAGAAAGCAGGGUCUGGACAAUGUGCACAAGCAGCGUGUGGCUGAGGUCCUGAGCGAGCCGGAGGCCCGCGAAAAGCAGCGUAGCCGCGAGAGUUUGACCUCUGACACGGUGAAGUACGAGAGCGGGCCGGACGGUGGCGAGGAAGCAUAACUCCAGAUGCCUUGUAAUGGUUCUAAAAACUUGUCUUCUGCAUGACGGACGCCUCGCCUCACCUCACCUCGCCUCAACCCCUUCAGCUUUGCAGUUUUCUUCAGCUCUGACUCCCCCCCCCUCCCCCUCUCUUUUCUCCUCCACCACCUCCGUGUUCUGGUGGGAUUCUCCGCACCGGGUUGAAGAGCGAUUGUGUUGCUUUUACACCCUCCUCUCUUUGUGAACGAGGAGUGGGUUUGAGGGGAGGGGGAGGUAUGUCGAGACAGCCUGUGUGUCUAAAUCCAAACUGCUGGCUCCCACUUGUGUUGAAGGUCUGUACUCGACUGUGUGUAUCUGCUGUGGGUGGGAGAGGACCGGGGUGAUGUUUCUUUAUGGCAACAUUAAACUUGUGCUUCUUACCUUGUUAUUUCUUGCUGUCCUUUAACAGUAGCCUCUGCUUCUCCUCUUCCUCCCUCCCUGUCACUCUCCAGUGUCUUUAAACUGUUUUUCAUUUUGGCUUUAGACUCAUUUUAAAGGUUGUCGGGGGGGGAAUUGUGUGUGGAGAUUUGACAGUGUUCUCUUAAACCAAAUCUCUGCUUCUGUCCUUUAACUCUCUCCACUUUGACCUGAACUAUGAACUCUGGACUUAACACAGUCUGACCACAGUUACUUUGGUCAAGAAAGAGCUCCGGACACUCAAAAAAAUCUUUCCCGAAAGCAACAAAAAUAUUAACAUAAUGAGAAAUAUUAAUAGUUUGUUCAGUAAAGAAACAGUUGAAGAGAAAAAUGUAAAGAAAUUCCUUUAUUUCAGGCCUUUUAGCAGUUUUUUUUUUUUAAUCUAGCUUGGCUGUUGCUUCAGCGUUAUAUUGUUAACCUCUGUGCCGCUGUAGAAAUGUGCUAAUUAAAGUGACAUGUAGCAUGUUGAGCUGAAAUGAUUAGUCGAUUAAUUAAUUAGGAAUUCAACAGGAAAUUAGUUGCCAACUAUUUUGAUAAUUGAUUAAUCAUAUCACUUUAGUUUUCAUGCCGAAAUCCACUGCGUCCAGUUUCUCACAUGAGAAGAUUUGAGUCGUUCGUGAUGAAAAACUGAACACAAGAAAUUAGAAUUUGUCGUCUUGCGCUUCGGUAAAUUAUAACAGGCAUUUGUCACUGUACCAAACAAACAGUUGAUUAAUCCAGAAAAUGACUGACUGAUUAAUCAGGUGUGAAACUAGUCUUUAGUUUCCAGCCUAGUAUCAUGGGUUAAGAUGAAGUUCAAUGGGCUGACUAUAACGUGAACAGUCAAAACCUUUGGCAGUGCUUGUAUGAGACAUUUAAAAACCAGAAACAACAUGUUCAUAAGAUCAGAAUUGAUCUGUGUGAUUAAAAGAAAUCAGGGAAUAAUUGAUUUAAAAAAGAGAAACAAAUAAAGAGACUGUCCUCACAGGGAAAUAUAAAAUUUACAGCAUGUUAUAAACAUAAGGGAUAAAUGGAAAGACUCUAAAUUAAAGCUCCUGAGACUUUAUUGAAGUGAAAAGAACAGCGACAUUUUGACUCUAUUUCUUCUUCAGGCAAUGACAACAUGACAACAGGACAAAAACUGUACAGCCACAAAACUGUUCACAUCCUGUU